UCGAGCAGCAGUUCGAUCAUUUAGUCUUUUUUCUUUUAUAUCAGUAUAAACACUAUAGUAAAGUAAUAUGGCAGACGAAGAAGAUCCAUGGGGUUUCGACGACGGCGGCGAGGAGGAGAAGGCGGCUUCAUCAUCGAACCAGGCAUCCAAUGCGGGAACUCCGGCCCCACCCUCGAAGGCACCGAGUGUGGCAUCCGAUCAUAAGGCUGAUAGCGUGGUGGCUGGCACUCCGGCCGGCGAGGAGGCAGCUCCGGAGGAAAUCGAAGAAAUCAAAGCGCCUCCACCUCCGCCAGAAGAUGAUGGCUACAGGAAACCGGUGCAGUUGUACCGACACUGGGUCAGGCCAAAGUUUCUCCAAUACAAAUAUAUGUACAACUACAGAACCAAUUAUUAUGAUGAUGUAAUUGACUAUAUUGACAAAAAACAAACUGGAGUGGCACGGGAAAUACCAAGACCUCAAACGUGGGCGGAACGUGUCCUGCGCACACGAAAUAUCAGUGGCAGUGACAUUGAUUCCUAUGCACCUGCUAAGAGGGACAAACAAUUAAUUCAAACACUGGCUGCCUCGAUAAGAACUUAUAAUUACCACACCAAGGCAUAUAUCAACCAGAGAUAUGCGAGUGUCCUUUAGUAAGCACACUUUACUGUAAUAAUAGAACCGUUAUAAAAGAUGAAUACUCGUAGCUAUAAAAAAAGUAAUAUCAUUUUUAAAAGAUCUAUACACGUAGUCAGUCAGUAAGCGUUUGUAUAUCUGCGCACCUCCGAGUCCCGAAUCGACCUUAUAUAAUGACGAUCGGGAAACACUUUUCAAGAAACGAAGAAUCUAUUUUGUAUAUUUUCUUACACGCGUAAUUUCUGUUAAUAUAUUUUUAUAUAUAUUAAUAUAUAUUAACACAACUUACCUCUCAAUACAUGGUAUUUUUAAGGUUAUUUACUUGAUUUUUAGCAAAGUAAAUAAAUUAAAAAACUUAUUUAUAUUGUAAAGCCUAAAAUAAAAAACUGUGCAAUAAAUAAAAAUAAACAAUCA